CUCAGAGUCUGGUUAGGUCAGAUGCCAGCCACUCUACUAAAUUGCACAUUUUUACUUCUUGUCCACAGUUCAUACUCACAGUUAAUGUAUGUAUGUGCAUUUUAUGAGACUCUGUCUAUCUGUGGUUGGUGGAGUGGUGGGUCUGAGGCUAGAGAUCUGUGCCAGCAAUUGGAAGGUUGCUGGUUUGAAUCUUGUGAAUACCAGGUGUGAUCCUACUCCAUUGGACACUUGAGCAAGGCCUUUGGAAUUGGAAUUUACAGUGUGUCUCAGCAGGAAGACCAGCAAACAGAGAAUGAUAAUAAUCGAGAUGGGAGGAAAUUAGGCUAUGCACAAGAAUUUCGGCAUCCCUUCCGAUUACCAUGAGGAGAAGCCUGGCAAUAUUGCGAAGAUUAAAGAAGGAAGACUUGGUGAGUAACCUAAUGUGAGCAUCAAGUCUAAGAUUCAUAUCAUUUGGAAACACAAAGGUUGUGGAUAGAUUUAGAAGGAUUAACCUGAAGACUAUCAAUGUUAAAAGCCUGUAUCACAGUAAAUGGCAGAUAGAGCAUUGGGGUGGAUGAAUAGCACAUCAGUUUUGUCAGCUGCACAGCUAAAUGCAAAAAAAAAAAAAACAUAUUUAGGUGUAAUUUUGGGGGGCCGGGAACCAAUUAAUUGGUUUUCCAUUAUUUCUUAUGGUAAAAAUUAGAUCAGAACUCGAACUUUUUAGGAUUCGAUCUGGAGUCCGGAACGGAUUAAGUUUGAGAACCGAGGUACCACUGUAUUGUCUAUCAAUAAGAAGUAGAGUACAGUACCAGUAAUGCCAAUAGAUGAGAGACACCAUAAGUGUAGCAGAGUUUAUAUCCAAAAUAAGAAGAAAAUUGACAGUCCCAGUGUCAUCUGCCAAGAAAAGGUCAUGAAGAACACUAAGGAGUGCAGUCUCAGUACUGUGGAGUGAACGGAUACCAGAUUGGAAAGGUUUGUAAAUUACACUGCAAAUGGGCUGCAACAGCUCUUUCUAGUGCACUGGAGGACAUGGCCAAUAGCUGUUUAGAUUGGGCCUAGAGCAGGUCUCUUGAGAACUGAUGUAAAGACACAGGUUUAUAGAUGGAUUGGAUCGGAACAAUGCCUGAGACUAGAGACUUUGUUCAUCAGAUCAGAUAGGGCAGCAGAGCUACAGGUAUCAGCAGAUGUGGAAGCAGGAUCUAACUGGCAGAAGGUAGACGAGCUAAAUAGUUUUUAAAAACGGAAAUGGGAAAUAUGUGCCAUUUGAUUUUAUUUUAUUUCAGUUCGUUUUGAAAGCAGUAUUUAUAACUGACGUUUAGGUAGUUGUAUUUUUUAUUUUUGUAUUAUAUUUUAUUUUGGUUUAUGGAAAUGUUUACGAUUAUUAUAGAUAAAUCUUAAAGAUUAUAACUAUGCCUUGCAAACUGUAAGUACAAAGUGCACAGUUAUUUUUAGUAAAAUUAUUGUUUAUUCUAAUAAAAUUUGUACCACACAUCAUAAACAUGACACCCCAGGUCUGAUGUCACAGUACACGGUUGCCUGGCGUGUUGGCUCUAUAAAUAUGAACAUGCAGGAUCACGGAUAGUCAAGCACUACGGCACACAAAGGUCUUUGUGAAGUAAAAACCAGCCUUGAGCUACAUCUGUGACACAGAGGGCAGACGAGAGGGCAGAAGCAACCAAUACGAAGGUCUGAAAAAAAUGAUUGAGGUUAUUCCCAUAUAUCAUUGAUAACUCAGUUAGCAUGACAGGACCAGGUCCCUGUGCUAACCCAGUUCUGAAUCCAUGCACAUCCUCUAUGUUCCCUCAUGUUUGUUACCAGUCCAAGGUAACGAUGAGAAACAGAGAAAGGCCCUUAACCCCCAGCUCCAGGGGGCGCCACACCUUGGCUGACCAUGUUCUGUGACCCCUAAUCUAUGGAGAGCAAGAUGAGGUAGGCAGAGAGAAUAAUUGGAAUGUACCUGUACCUGUGAAAAUGGCAAAUAAAGGAUUAUUAAUGUUAUCAUUAUUAUCUCUCUGUAAGAGCAGAUAGUGAAGACAUUUUAAUCAUUCAUGAUCUAAUACCGUCAAAGCACACAUCCCUAAUUAUUACUUCUUGCUGUUAGUGUGUUUCUGGAUUCUCUGUCCGUGUCCAGUCCUGUAGGUUUAUCCUGAACUCCUUAUAUCUCCAGUGUUCUUAGUGUCUCUUGGUGCUUGAGUCCUUAGUGUUUAAUAAUGACCUCAUCUGUUUCUUGUAGCUGUGUUUAAAGAAUUCUCACGAUCUGAAAGCCACAUUGUGGACCCACCUCCCCUCCCCCCAUCGUAAUGCCAGUUAUGUGGUUGCAUCGCUCCUGGUUACACAGGAAACAGCAUUUUUCUUUAAGCCUUACAAGACAGAUAGUUGCACAGACAAAAAUCAGAAGUGCACACUGCAACAAUGCACUACAAGAACCUCUGAUUCUCACACAUUAACAAUGUUCAGAAAAGGAAAAUUGAGGGAUAUUGCAAAGCAUUUCGGAAGUUGGUUGGCCAGAGUGAAAUCUUCCACAGAACCAUGAACAGGUUUUUCUGUGUUGCCAUACUGUCAACAUAAAAUGAAAGAAUGUUCAGUCCAUAGAGAAUCCAUGCUGCUUAUUCAGAGAAGUGAACUUUUACCAAACUGGUCAUGCUGGAUGAUUACAUUUAACGUCUGAGUAUUAGUAUGAACCUGCUCUCAUCUGUGAAGAGAUGAAACUAAAAGUAUUCCUUUGUUUAAGUGUUGUCCUGAUAUCUCACUUGACUUAAUUGUGCUCAACAUAAAUACACAUUCUAACAAGGCACGUUACAUACAUGACAGGAACAAGGGCAACUAAAACAGAGUGGCAUGCGAGUUUGACCUCACCGAUGCUGACAUACGACUUUACACUCUUGUUCUUUCUCUCACUGACAGUUAGAAAUAUAUACAGUAUUUAGACUACCAGUAGUUUUUGCACACCACAGGUUUUUACCACUUUUCCAUUCAGUCAAGGGCAUCACCUACCCCGUGCCCCAUGAUGGACUGGCAUCUGGUCAAGGGCGUCACCUACCCCAUGCCCCAUGAUGGACUGGCAUCUGGUCAAGGGCGUCACCUACCCCGUGCCCCAUGAUGGAUUGGCAUCUGGUCAAGGGCGUCACCUACCCCAUGCCCCAUGAUGGACUGGCAUCUGGUCGAGGGCAUCACCUACCCCAUGCCCCAUGAUGGACUGGCAUCUGGUCGAGGGCGUCACUACCUCGUGCCCCAUGAUGGACUGGCAUCUGGUCGAGGGCAUCACCUACCCCAUGCCCCAUGAUGGACUGGAAUCUGGUCAAGGGCGUCACCUACCCAGUGCCCCAUGAUGGACUGGCAUCUGGUCAAGGGUGUCACCUACCCCGUGCCCCAUGAUGGACUGGCAUAUGUGAGAUAUGUAUCUCGUUAUAAUGCGAAUCGGGGCAAAUUUUAUUUUCUCAUGCUGGCAGUAAUACGAACUGUACCCAUACACUUCCGUUUCAAUCAAUGUCAAAACGAAAGUAUAAAAAUGAAAGCAUUACAUACAGUUACAUACUGAAAUGCACUGUUCUGUUCUGUUAUCUUUUCAGUUGGAGUCCAAGCCCUCUUAAUGCAGGAUUCCGGAUGCAGUUCCACUCUUGGUUCUUUGUGAGCAGUUUUCAAGUUUAAAAAUAAAGGCAAAGAAUAUGACAGUCUUACAUCCUAUUUUAGAACUCAAAUCAUGGAAACUGACUCACAGACGCCCCUGGAGGUGGCAGCCCUUGGAAGACCCUUCCAGCUGGGGAUGCUGUAUGAUUGCCGUAAAGAUUGUCUCAUUCCAGGAAUUACAAUGUGGGAUCUUGAAGACCUUAAAAAAGAUUCAGAUGAAAGAAUUCAGCACAACACGGAAUUUGAUGUCAUUGCAUCUGAUUCUGUAGAAGAUAAGGCAUGGGCUUUGGAUGUUGAUGCUUCACUAAAAGCGAGUUUCGUAGGGGGACUGGUUGAGGUAGGUGGAUCUGCCAAAUAUCUUAAGGACAAAAAGGCUUCAAAAAAACAGGCACGUGUCACCCUGAAGUAUAAAACAACUACAAACUUUAUGCAGCUGUCUAUGAGUCACCUUGGACGGGGAAAUGUUAAACACCCAUAUGUGUUUGAGAAGGGAAUAGCGACACAUGUGGUAACAGCAGUGCUGUACGGUGCUCAGGCAUUUUUUGUUUUUGAUCGAGAAGUUUCAGAAACCGAGGACCAACAAAACAUUGAGGGGAACCUGCAAGUGAUGAUAAAGAAAAUACCAAAAUUGUCGAUCGAAGAGGAGGCUUCCUUAGAGCUGACAGACACUGACAGAGCUACUAUUGAUAAGUUGUCUUGUAAAUUCUAUGGGGACUUUGCUCUGAAACAGAACCCUGUUUCCUUCCAGGAUGCUGUAAAAGUAUAUACAACACUUCCAGCUCUGCUGGGUGAAAAGGGGGGAAACGCUGUGCCAGUCAGGGUGUGGUUACUCCCCCUGGAAAUCUUAGAUUCUUCUGUUGCCAGAAUAGUGCGUCAGAUCAGUGUCAGAUUAAUAAAUGAAACACAGAGCGUGAUAGAGGACUUCAAUGAAAUAGAAAUGCAAUGCAAUGAUAUUACAAAGAGAAAGGUUAUUUCAUGCUUUCCUGAGAUUGGACGAAAGGUAAAAUCCUUCAAGGAUAUGUGCUUGGAGUACAAAUCAGUGUUUCAGAGAUCUUUGUCAAGCAUUCUACCAUUAAUUCGUGGAGGUGGAACAGAGGAAUGUGUGCUUGCAAACAUCCUAACAAAGAAGGAACAGUCUUCUUUCAAUAGCAAUAAACUUAAGGAAUGGCUGGACUGCAAAGAGGAAGAAAUCAGCCUGCUCCAAGUGUACACUGAUAUGAUGGAAGACACAAAAAUUCUGGCAUCAAAGAGCGAGCUUCAAAGUGAAAUCUUCAAAAACAGAGAUAAGAAUGUAGUGUGCUUUGCAUUUACAUCACUGGGUGAGGAGGAGCUGUAUCUGUCCUGCUUGCGGAGUCACUUAAAGGCUCUUUCAACUGCAAAGCUAACAGAACCAACAGAAGAAGAUGGGAAGGAUGUCGAGCCGUGUGAGUUUUACUUCUCAGAUGCUGUGUCAGAAAAAAUGAACGAACAAGCGAUCCUCUUCAUAGAUUUUGCAAAAGCAAACAAGGAGAAUAAGAAAACACACUUUAUAUCAGCAUCAAUACCU